CUGGGCUGCUCGCUGGCCUGCAGAGCACCGUUUUGAAGGUCCUAGCCCACCUGAGUUGGCUCACGCGCACGACUAGCCGCUCCCAUACAGUACACCCGGCCUCCGUCGUCUCUUAAGGCCACUCCUAUUCUACGGCUGACCCCUGGAGGUCACGUGGAGCUGUUCGCCACGCAAGUCUGGGUCCUUCAGCGAUUGACCGGGGUCCUUGCUGUCCAGGAGCCUCUCCCAAGCUGCCUGUUCGCGCGAGAGUUUGGAGGGGCGGGUUUGGGGUCGGUGUCUGAUUGGGGCUCGCACCGCAGCACGCUCGAGCCCCGCUAGGUACCAGUUAGCGCCACGGGAUCUGGGUCAGGCGGUCGCCGGGACACCCCGUGUGUGGCAAGCGGCGAAGCGCUCUGGAGGAUUCCGGACAGCCCUGCUCCCCGCAGCCAGCUGUAGUUUCGGGAGCCACUGGGGCCAAAGUGAGAGUCCAGCGGUCUUCCAGCGCUUGGGCCACGGCAGCGGCCCUGGGAGCAGAGGUGGAGCGACCCCAUUACGCUAAAGAUGAAAGGCUGGGGUUGGCUGGCCCUGCUUCUGGGGGCCCUGCUGGGAACUGCCUGGGCUCGGAGGAGCCAGGAUCUCCACUGUGGAGCGUGCAGGGCUCUGGUGGAUGAACUAGAAUGGGAAAUUGCCCAGGUGGACCCCAAGAAGACUAUUCAGAUGGGAUCUUUCCGGAUCAAUCCAGAUGGCAGCCAGUCAGUGGUGGAGGUGCCUUAUGCCCGCUCAGAGGCCCACCUCACAGAGCUGCUGGAGGAGAUAUGUGACCGGAUGAAGGAGUAUGGGGAACAGAUUGAUCCUUCCACCCAUCGCAAGAACUAUGUGCGUGUAGUGGGCCGGAAUGGAGAAUCCAAUGAACUGGACCUACAAGGCAUCCGAAUUGACUCAGAUAUCAGUGGCACCCUCAAGUUUGCGUGUGAGAGCAUUGUGGAGGAAUACGAGGAUGAACUCAUUGAAUUCUUUUCCCGAGAGGCUGACAAUGUUAAAGACAAACUUUGCAGUAAGCGAACAGAUCUUUGUGACCAUGCCCUGCACAUAUCGCAUGAUGAGCUAUGAACCACUGGAGCAGCCCACACUGGCUUGAUGGAUCACCCCCAGGAGGGGAAAAUGGUGGCAAUGCCUUUUAUAUAUUAUGUUUUUACUGAAAUGAACUGAAAAAAUAUGAAACCAAAAGUA